AUGUCAUCCUUUAAGACGACCUACUUAACCAAUGGGAGCGGGUCUGCCCCAUCACCACAGGCAAGCACAAGCACAGGUAAUCACACAAGCACAAAGACAGACUCUGCAGCAGGAGACACAAGUGGGGGCUUGGUGAUGUUGGAGAGUGCCGCUGAAGGGGCUGAAAAUGUCGGGGCAAUGCCAGAUUUCUUGAACGCCAAGUGGGACCCAGAUGAUGCCACAGAUAGUGAAGUGAUGACACCCCCAUCUCCGGCCUGCAUUCGACGCAUCAAAAACGACAUCCUGGCAAUAUAUUCAGACCCACCCCCUGGACUGUGUGUCAUGCCUGACCCAAAUAAUAUCACCAAGAUUCAUGCCUUGCUGACUGGACCGUUUGAUACACCAUACGAGGGUGGAUUUUUCUAUUUCCUGAUCCGAUUCCCGGCAGACUACCCAAUAAGUCCACCACGAGUCCGACUUAUGACGACAGGCAAUGGAACUGUUCGCUUCAACCCAAACCUCUACAAGAAUGGCAAAGUCUGCCUGAGCAUAUUAGGGACCUGGGCAGGGCCAUCUUGGAGUCCAGCUCAGACGUUGUCUACAGUUCUCAUUUCCAUCCAGUCUCUAAUGAAUGAGAAACCUUAUCACAACGAGCCAGGUUUCAAACAUGAGCGUACUUCCGGUGAUUCCAAACAUUACAAUGAUAUCAUUCAGCAUGAGACUCUACGAGUGGCCGUCUGCGAUAUGAUAGAGGGAGGUAUUCGAAUUCCUGAUACCUUGAGGGCGGUGAUGGAGAGCUCGUUCCCAGAUUAUUACAAGUAUUACCAGCAGGUGUGUGAGAGUCUACAGCAUAUGGACGGCAUGGAGAUGAACGAUCCUUUUGGAGACACCCGCCCAAAAUUUGAUUUCAAAUCGCUGUCCCGCCGGUUGAAAGCCAUCAGAGCCAGAGUUGACAACAAUAUCACAGAGACCGACAGCGAUGAGGAAGAAGAUGACGAUGAAGACAAAAGCAAAGAAGACGUUGAUGUGAGUUGA